CGAAAAACGCAGAUCGAGAGGCUAUUUUUAUACGAAGUGCAAAAUUCCCUCGAUAAUUGGCUGUAUCGACGGGACACACAUUAAAAUCAUCAAGCCGAGUACUGAUGAACAUUUAUUUUAUAAUCGAAAGGGAUAUUUCAGUUUGAAUGCCAUGAUUAUUUGUGAUGGUGACAUGAAAAUUCGAGCAGUCGAUGCACGGUAUCCCGGCUCUAGCCAUGACUCAUUCGUAUGGAAUAUUAGCAGAGCCAGGAAUUAUUUCGUUCAGAUGUAUGAGUCAGGGGACCGGACAUCUAAGUUACUGGGAGAUUGUGGUUAUGGCAUAGAACCUUUUUUAUUGACACCCUAUAGAGAUCCACACUACAAUUCCCAGGAAUAUAAAUUUAAUUUGGCCCAUACAUCGGGUCGAAAUAUUGUGGAGCGAACAAUAGGAGUUUUUAAAGGGAGAUUUCGCUGUUUAUUAAGUACGUUACACUACCGUCCAGAAAAAGUAGUGAAAAUUGUAAAUGUCUGCGCUGCGCUGCAUAACAUCUGCAGAAACUACAAAAUAGAGCAUAAUGAAGACGAUCAACCAGCACCAUCCAAUGAUAUUGAAGGGAAUAUAGAAUCUCCACAAAACACGACACUGCAAAGUGAAGGCAGAAGGAUCAGGGAUGAAAUAGCAAACACUUUAUAACAAAGAAGAUAUGGUGUUUCAGUAUUGCAACGAUAAUUCAUAUUUAUUUGUCACAACACAUACAUAUAUAUAUUUAUAUACACUUAUAAAAGAAAUUAAAAAGAUAUA